ACACUCUAAAGUUUAAAAAAGUAAAAAUGGCAGCUACCAUAGUGAGAAACAUCGGGUCAAAGCUGGGCAAGAACCUGAGGGAGGUCAGGAUCCAUCUGUGCCAGAGGUCUCCGGCGAGUCAGGGGGUCAGAGACUUUAUUGAACAGAACUAUGUGGAGCUGAAAAAGGCCAAUCCAGACUUUCCUAUAUUAAUCAGAGAAUGCUCAGAGGUUCAGCCUAAACUAUGGGCAAGAUAUGAAUUUGGAAAGGAGGCGAGUGUCUCCCUUAAUAAUCUAAAGGCUGAACAAGUAGCCAAAGCCUUGGAGUCUGUUGCAAACAGCAAGCCAUAAUAAAUCCCAUGUCACCAUACCAAUAGAUACAUUUUGCCUUGAUGGACUCUGUACAAGAUGGUAAAGAACUUUGCAUUUUGGACUGUAUUGUAUCAAUCGCAU